AUCUCGGCUUCCUCUGUUUGGGUUUCUACCAUACAUGGAUGCUAAGAAUCCUCACAAACAGCUGUGGAAACUCUCUUCCACCUUCGGCGACGUGGUCGGACUGUUCCUGGGCUCCCAGCCUACCGUCAUCGUCAACGGCUGGGAAGCCGUCAAGGAGUCACUCCUCAACGAUGACCUUAAUGGCCGCGCAGAAAACUCCUUCAUCAAACUUCGUGACGGUGGUGAAUACCUAGGGGUAAUGUUCACACAGAAAGACUACUGGAAGGAGCAACGUCGCUUCACCCUCCAUCACCUGCGUAACCUGGGUAUCGGCAGGCGCUCCCACGAGGCGGUCAUCCAUGAGGAAGCUCAAGAUCUCAUCUCCGAGAUUCAGGAGACUGAUGGAAGCGUAAGCCUCAAGGACAUGUUAGGUGUGUCGAGCAUCAACAUCCUGUGGGCGGUGAUGGGCGGCACCAGGUUUCCUCGCCACGAUCCUGUCCUCCUGAACCUUGUGCAGAAACUCACCUUCAUGUUCAGUGCUGGCGAGGUCUCGGGUGGUCUCGUCAACUACUUUCCUCCACUGCGUCACAUUCUACCCAAGAGUUCCAACUUUCAUAGGUUCAUGGACGCUUUAUUCUCUGUCAAGAAGUUUAUAAAGAGAAGUGUUGAGAAGCACAAGUCGUCGCUUGACCCAGACAACCUGCGAGACUUCAUGGAUAUUUACAUCAAUGAGAUCAAUAACAAUAAAAACGAAAAAUAUACUACUUUUACAGAGAAGCAGCUGGUUGGGGUGUGUGUUGACUUGUUCACCGCUGGUUCUGACAGCAGCUCUGCUACACUCUGCUUUGCCGUGUUGCUGGUGGCCCACCAUCCUACCAUAAUGCAUAAAAUACACAAAGAGCUGGACAUGUUGUGGGCCACACCCACCUACCCUCUUUGGACGACCGUACCAAAUUGGUCUACAUGGACGCGACUUUGACUGAGGUGCUCCGCAUGCGCAGUGUGUCGCCCAUCCCUGUGCCGCACUGUGCUCUCAGGGACACCUUCAUACAA